AGCUUCAAACCGGCUCGAGAAUGAAGUUUGCAGAUAAAGAUAGGGAACUGGGAGAAGCCCUUGCAGAAAUCAAGUCCUUGAAAAAUUCAGAACGCUUGAAAGAGAAGGCAGUUGAAGAGCUUACAGAUGAACUAAACAAAUUGGAUGAAAAGCAGAAAGCUUCUGAAGCUCUCCUUGAAAGCAAGAACCUUGAGAUUAAGAAAAUAAAUGACGAGAAAAAAUCAGCUUUGGCUGCGCAAUUUGCUGCAGAGGCCACACUUCGAAGAGUACAUGCAGCUCAGAAAGAUGAUGACAUGCCUCCAAUUGAAGCCAUUAUCACACCGCUGGAGGCUGAACUAAAGUUGGCUAGGCUCGAGGCAGCAAAAUUGCAAGAUGACAACAGAGCACUUGAUCGGCUCACCAAAUCUAAGGAGGCUGCUCUAGUUGAGGCUGAGAAAACUGUUCAAAUGGCUCUGGCAAAAGCAUCCUUAGUUGAUGAUCUGCAAAACAAAAACCAAGAGCUAAUGAAGCAAAUUGAAAUAUGCCAGGAAGAGAAUAAAAUCCUUGACAAAAUGCAUCGCCAAAAGGUUUCUGAGGUUGAAAAGCUUACCCAAACUGUUCGUGAGCUUGAGGAGGCUGUCUUAGCUGGAGGGGCAGCUGCUAAUGCUGUGCGGGAUUACCAGAGAAAAGUGCAAGAAAUGAAUGAGGAGAGAAAAAUUCUGGAACGUGAAGUAGCCCGGGCAAAGGUUAGUGCAAACAGAGUUGCUACUGUAGUUGCAAAUGAGUGGAAAGAUGGCAAUGACAAAGUUAUGCCUGUCAAGCAAUGGCUUGAAGAAAGAAGAUUUUUUCAGGGGGAAAUGCAACAGCUUAAAGAUAAAUUGGCAGUUGCUGAGCGCACUGCAAAGGCAGAAGCUCAGUUGAAAGAAAGAUACCAAUUACGGUUCAAGGUCUUGGAGGAAAGGCUUAAAGCAUCUAAUGGUAAUUCACGUGGCCCAUCUGAAGUAAGAAGCACAUGCAAUGGGCCCUCACGGCGCCAGUCUCUUGGUGGAGCUGAGAGUGUUUCUAGGUCAUCAUCCAAUGGCUAUUUGUUAAGGAAAGCAUCAAAUCUACAAGUUGGCUCUUACCAAUCCAACAGUGCUGCCACAUUAUUAAGACAUGCAGAGGCGUCAUCAAGUUCAUUUGAAGAGGGUAGUGGAUCACUGGACUCAGAUAAGUCUAUUCCAGAAAAGAUUAAUCUAGAUAAUGCUGUCACCAUUGCUAGCAAUCAGACUCAAAGCAGUCAGACUGUUGUCAAAUGUGAGAAGCAUUUGAAUGGGAUGCCAAUGGAAAAGUCAAAAUCUGAGCACGAGGAUUAUGUUUCAGGAAUUUUGUAUGAUAUUUUACAGAAAGAGGUGAUAACCUUGAGAAAAGCUUGCCAUGAAAAGGAUCAAAGCCUCAAUGACAAGGAUGAUGCCAUUGAGAUGUUGGCAAAGAAGGUUGAUACAUUAAGCAAAGCAAUGGAAGUUGAGGCAAAAAAGAUGCGAAGGGAAGCUGCUGCCAGGGAAAAGGAAGUUGCUGCUAUGCGGGUUAGCAAGGAGCAUGAUCAUAGGACACGGCGCAGUAGUGCUCCCAGGGCUGCUCAUUUACUUUCUGCAAGGAAUCCAAGAAAUUCAUAGGUAAUUGAUGCAAUUGCAACAAUGACCGGACAUGGGAAUCUUUGAUGACUUAGCCAUGCUGCUAAAUUUGUAUGAUUGUCGGAUAUCUAAUCUUCCUAUCUUCAGCUGCAAUUGAAUUGUCUCAGCCAGGUAGCCUAUUUGUAAAGAACUGACUCUAGGUUUCCAACAGAAUCAUCAUGUGGUGUAUAUCUUUUGUAUCAAAAUUAUUGAAAUUGAGAAUCAUAAAGAUCAAGCUUGUCGCGAAACUAAUGUACAAGGUGUGUUAUUAAUUAUUUUUAAAGUUAUAGAGGAAACUUGAAAAAAAAAAAAUGUAUAGUUCUACUGGAGAAGCUAUGUAACUUAUUAUUGCUUUCAGGUUUUACGUUUUGGUAACAAGUGAAUGUAAUUUUCAGGCGAUAGCCCUUUCUGAAGAUGGAAUUACAUAGAACAAAAUGAAUGGAUUUCUGUUA